AUGGGGAGUGUCCAAGCUGCCCAAGGGGCGCGGCGGGGCAGCGGCGACGGUGGCCGGCCGGGGCCAAGAGCGGCGCGCGCUGCUGCAGCGCGGCGGCGGCGGUGGUCGGCGGUCUCGCGGCUGCGCGGGGCGGGGCGGGGCCUGGCUGGGGGCUCGCGGGACUUUUGUGACCUCGCGUCGCGGGGGCGACGGGCUGUGGCCGGUCACUCUAGCCAGGCGACCUCUGAGAAACCCUUCCCGCCGGCCCGCGGGCGCCUCGGUUCCCUGCUCCGGAGCCAGGCCGCUGCGGGGGAUGCUGAGCUCGCCCGGCCCCGGCUCUCGCCUCGCUUCUCGGCCUCUUCCGUGGGACACGAUUUAUUUAUUUUAGCGAGAGAGAGCAUGUGCAGGAGGAGCCGCAGAGGGAGAGAAACUCAGGCAGACUCUGCUAAGCCUGGAAUCCGACACUGGGCUCAAUUCCGUGACCCUGAAACCAUGACCUGAGCUUGAAAUCAAGAGUCAGACGCUUAAGAACUGAGCCAGCCAGGCUCUACUAAUUCUUGAAGGUGGAAAAUAUUUUUUUUAAUCUUGCAUGUAUGGUGCUUGCAACACAUAAAGGCCUCAAUUGAUGUUUGCUUAAAGAAUAAAUGAAUCCAUGAACCUA